CGCCCAUUUUCCGGCGUGUAGCCGGGUCGAGCCCACAGUGCGCAUGCUCGAUGCGCCCAGAGGUCGCCGGCGCCGGUGUUUUCCCACGUGCGGCGUGAAGCAGAGGACAUCAUGUUGUGAGGAGAUGGGGGCCUCGGUGUCUCGAGCAAUCAGGAAUUUCAACCUAGAGAGCCGGGCAGAACGGGAAAUCAGCAAGAUGAAGCCCUCUCCCGCUCCCAGGCACCCCUCCACCAAGAGCCUCCUGCGAGAGCAGAUGAGCCGCUAUCCAGAAAUUAAGGGAGAAAUUGCUAGAAAAGAUGACAAGCUGCUGUCGUUACUAAAAGAUGUGUACGUUGAUUCCAAAGAUCCUGUGUCUUCUGUGCAGAAGGGAAAUUUGAAUAAAAGUAAAUAUGGAGUGGAAGAAGGAUUACCUGGGAAUAUAAAGUUAAGAGAAGCUUUGAGUUCUGGAAAGCGAAGAAGUUGGGAAGAGUGUUUCAAACCAAAGUUACAGUAUAAAGGUAGGAGUGUGUGAUGCCUUUGGAGAACAGUUAAGAGUUCAUUACAGUCAGGGGAAAGUGUGAGCAAUACAUUUAGGAGAAAUGAGAUAGGAUGAAUGUAACAGGGAUCCAAUCAUGAAGGUCCUUACUUAUCUUGCUAAGGAAUUUGGGUUUUAUCUUGAGGACAAUGGGAAGCCUUUGAAGAGCUUCAUGUCAUAUUGGCUUCAUAAUGGACUGGGAGGAAACAAAAUGCAUUUUCAAAGGGCACCAUUUGGAAGGAAGGCUUUUGUAGUAGUUCCCACAAGAUUCAUUGGCUUGGACUAAGGUGAUGUAGUGAUGGGGAGAGAAGUGAAUGGGUUCAAGAGGGACUUAGAAGUCAUUAUCAAUAGGAUUUGGUCACUGAUUGUGAGGAAGAGGGAGAGGUCAAGUAUAAUGUAACAGAAGCUUUAAGUUUUGGAAUGCGAUAUGGAGGGAAGUGAUAUUGGUCACUGAGAUAGAGAAUAUGGGGAUAGAAUUGGAUUUUCAGAGGAAAGAGGUAAGUUCAGUUUUAGAUAUGUUGAUUUUGAGGUGCUGAUAGAUUUUUAAAAAUUAAUUUUUUAAAGCAUUUUAUUUAGAGAAUGCAUGUGUGCACACGUGCAAGCAGGCGGAGGGACAGGGUGAGAGAGAG